AUGUCCUCGACAUUCAGCGGCGAUGAAACUGCUCCGUUCUUCGGAUUCCUAGGCGCUGCUGCUGCCCUCGUUUUCUCCUGCAUGGGAGCUGCGUACGGUACCGCGAAAAGUGGAGUUGGCGUUGCAUCAAUGGGUGUGAUGCGUCCAGAGCUCGUGAUGAAAUCCAUAGUUCCGGUCGUUAUGGCUGGAGUGUUGGGUAUAUACGGUCUGAUCAUUGCCGUGAUUAUCAGUACCGGUAUUAACCCUAAGGCAAAAUCUUAUUAUCUGUUCGAUGGAUAUGCUCAUCUUUCUUCUGGUCUGGCUUGUGGCCUCGCUGGUCUCUCUGCUGGUAUGGCUAUUGGCAUCGUUGGUGAUGCUGGUGUUAGAGCUAAUGCCCAACAGCCAAAGCUCUUUGUUGGCAUGAUCCUCAUUCUCAUUUUUGCUGAAGCACUGGCCCUCUAUGGUCUCAUUGUUGGCAUCAUUCUUUCCUCCCGAGCUGGUCAAUCGAGAGCUGAGUAG